GCGAUCGCGACGCUUCGGCGGGAACACCGGCUACGGCGACGUCGCGGUCCGCGGCCCGCGAAGAGCGGGAGCCGACGCGAGAGGGCUUGGUAACGAUGCUCCGGCUACUACGACGCGAACGGAAAACAACGCGGGCGGCCCCGCGCCCGUGUUCAAACUCACCGGGCACGACAUCCCGGCGUUGUCGCACGCGGGAAGCAGCGGCGGCGGGUCGAGGUUCAGGUUCGGCUUUGGCGGCGCCCGCGCGCCGCCGUCCGCGUCGAACGACGGCGGCGGCGGGAGCGAAGCCGGCGGGACGUCCGCGGCGGGCGCCGACUCGCCGCGAACGCCGCGGGGGUUCGUAGGCGCGCUGUUCAACCGCCGCGCCGCCGCGGAAGCGCGCUCGAGCGCGAUGGGGGACGCCGCCUACGCGCGGCUGAACAAGCGACCGCUCAUCACGUCCGUGUCGCUCGCGCAGUACCUCUACUUCGCCGCUAUGUGGGACGUCGUCUACUUUUGGACCGCCGCGCUCAUCAUGAUCUACAAGGGCAACGCGUUGCCGUACCCAAACGUCGGACACAACUACUGGGGCCUGGAGUUCUCGUACCUGUUUAUGUACAUCGUCGUGGAGUGGCUGCGGCUGACGCUGAUGGGGCAGGGCAACGCCGCGCUGAGCAAGAAGCUCGUGUACCGAAGCCUCUUGAUCACGCCGAUCGUUAUUUACAUGCACGUGUACUACAUGGUCCAGCAGACGUACAUACUGGAGAUGGAGGUGCUCCUGAACGCCAUCUCGAUCGCGACGACGGGGAUCACGUUCAUGUCCGGAUGGUUCGUCGCGAUGGGUCUGCCCGACGCGGACGCGGACGGGAUGCGGUGGGUCGGAGGAGGAAAUGGAAAUUAUAAUGGAAAUAAUUGGAGGGGAGGAGGGGCGCCGACGGGCGCGGCGGCGGCGGCGAUGCGAUCGCCGGGGCGGGGUCCGAACGGCGCCCAAGCGCUUUCGCCGCCGCGGGCGACGUUCACGGUCACCGGCGGCGCGAACUGAGGGAGAAUUAAGCGAGAAGUAAGAUCCAUCUAUCCAU